AUGACCAUUUUGGACCUCGAGGGCACCAAAUUUACUGGUUCGAUCCCACUGACACUUGGAAACCUUGUCCACCUCACCCACUUGGACCUCGAGCAUAACAAUUUCAGAGGCACCAUGGACUUUGAAAUGUUUGUGAGGCUCAAAAAUCUCCAGUACCUUUCCCUCAGAGAAAACAGUUACCUAAAUGUAUCGCUGCAAAGUGAUGGCAACUGUUCCUUCCCUGUGCUCCGAUAUCUGGAUCUAUCAAAUUGCAGCUUGACCAAAUUCCCAUACUUCUUGAGUUCUUCGGCUGAGCUGAAAGGGUUGGACCUCUCCACAAACAUGAUCAGUGGAGGGAUUCCUGAAUGGUUUUGGAGAGUAGGGAGGGACACAUUGACAUACUUGGACCUCUCAAGCAACAAUUUUAAUGGUCCGCUACCUGACCCUCCUCCUUCGAUAGUGUACUUCGCUGCCUACAGUAACAAUUUCUCUGGAGAGAUCCCAUCUUCAAUCUGCCAAGCCAGUUCACUAGAAAUCCUUGUUCUCUCAAACAACAGACUCAGCGGCACCAUUCCGAGAUGCGUAGGUAAUUUAGAAAGCCACUCGCAGCUCGAUGCCUCAAAUAACAGUUUGACUGGAGAGAUCCCACCUUCAGUGUGCCAGAUGGGAAACUUAAGCCAUCUCUACGUCUUGGAUUUGAGCUACAAUCUGUUAGAAGGUCCAUUGCCACAAUCUCUAGCAAACUGUACGAGCUUGCAGUGUUUAAAUGUCAGUCACAAUGCAAUAUCUGAUACAUUCCCGCGCUUGCUAAAUGUUGUCUACGGGUUGGGUCUUGUAGCUUUACAGUCCAACAGGUUUCAUGGAGCCAUUGAAAUUACCCUCCCUCCGCAAAUUUCAUACUUGAGCGUCUCCGAUAAUGAGUUUUCUCGACAGUUGCCAAUCAAUUUCCUUCUGAAUUCAACUGCUUUCUUCGUUGACUUAGCCAAUAACAAUUUUGAAGGACUUCUCCUGAUUCCAUCACCAUCCAUCAAUUACUAUUUCAUUUCAAACAAUGAGUUCAGUGGAGACAUUCCUUAUCAGCUCUGCAACGCCAGUCAGCUAAUGAUCAUCAACAUGUCCAAUAACUGCUUGACCGGCACCAUUCGUCACUGUUUGAUGAACUUUACGAACUUCCUAUCUGUAUUGGAUCUACAAGGAAAUCAAUUUGUAGGUCGGAUACCAGAUAUAAUUUCCCCCCGAAACAACUUGGUCAGGACAAUUCGCUUAGGUCAAAAUCGACUCGGAGGGAUGUUACCACAAUCUUUGACACGUUUCAAGAAUUUGGAAGUUUUGGAUCUCGGUGAAAAUGAGUUAGAGAGCCACUUCCCUUACUGGUUGGAUACUCUUCCUCAUCUGCAAGUUCUUAUCCUAAGAUCCAACAUGUUUGGUGGACCCGUGGAUAGUUCCAAGAGAACUAGUCAUCCUUUCCCUCAGUUACUCAUUUUGGACCUCUCUAACAACAGCUUUUCCAGUCGACUGCUAGCUGAGUACAUUGCCAACUUAAUAGCCAUGAAGAAUGAAGAGAGAGGUGGUUUACAUUAUAUGGGUGACUCCUACUAUGAAGAUACCAUUUCAGUGGUCAUGAAAGGGGCGGAGUCGGUGCUGGUGAAAAUUAUGAUUGUGUUUACAACCAUCGACUUCUCAAGGAACUUCUUCGAAGGAGAGAUCCCAGAAUCAAUCGGAGAUCUGAAGGCACUCAAGGGACUCAACUUUUCUCACAACAAUCUUACUGGCAGGAUCCCUUCUUCUAUGGGGAGUCUUACUAAUUUUGAGUGGCUGGACCUAUCCUCGAACAAGCUCAAUGGGGAGAUCCCCAAAGGAUUGGCGGAUCUUACGUCACUCUCCACCUUGAAUCUCUCAUAUAAGCAGCUUGUGGGACCGAUUCCUCAUGGCCCGCGAAUGGAUACAUUCAACCACCCCUUUGACGGGAAUCCCGACCUGUGUGGUCCUCCAUUGUCAAAUCCACGUGACACUUUGGAGCAGUCACCACCGCAUUCAACUUCCCCUGAAGAAGAAGAAGAAGAAGAAGGGCAUUGGAUGGAAUGGAGGGCAGCGGCAAUGGGCUGCGGAUGUGGACUCAUCUUCGGGAUAUUAGUAGGAUACCUUAUGCUGGAAACUGGGAGACUGAGAUGGUUGUUGAGAAUGGUUGAGAGGAAAGAGUGCGGGAAAAUACAAAAUACAAAAUAA